AUGGCGUCUACGGGGAGUCUAUUCCUCCGGCAAUUUACAAUAUUGUGCUGGAAGAACUGGAUCGUUCUCUGUAAACAUUCGCUCUUGAACAUUCUGCGUUGCUUGUUGUUGCCGAUCGGCUACGGAACACAUACUUACAAGGGUUAUCAAGUUUUGAUUGUUUUCGCACAGACAUUCCUUGUAAAGCCAAACAACUACGGUUUUGGCUCUCCGGUCUCGGUCUACAAUUUCCAGAAUCAGUUUGAUGGCUCUCUACCACUAAUCUGGACUGAUGGAACCAAUGGCACUGGAACACCUUCUGCGCAACAGGUCAUGGCUCGCAUCACUAGUUACUUUACGCCAAAUCAACUCCAAGCGGUCAAGCAGGUUACGUCACCCGCAGACAUUCCAUCCCAAUGUCCCCCAAACCUCAUGUCAUUCUCUGAGUGUUUUGCUGGGAUCGCGUUCAACUCCCUUCCAAUGAGUGCGACGGACACGACUCCGAUUAACUACACCAUAAGCGCCGAUAGACGACUUACGCACAUUAAUGUGUACAGUCAUACUAGUGAUUUCGAGACCCGAAUUCUACCGUUGCAAUGGGCAAUAGACCAGGCAAUCAUUGAGCUUAGAGCUGGACAAGGAGCACCCACCCCUAUGGAAUGGCCGUAUACUCGGGAAACCAACCAACAACAGACCACGAAUAUGAGACUUAGUUACAUUAGAGCCAUCCGGAGUAUUCUUGUUAUUGCACUGUUUACUUGUUAUAUCGGGAUUGCGUACCAACUUCCAGGGGCAUUUGCUGGCGAGAGAGCCAACCUUCUGACCAGCCACAUGAAGGCCAUGGGUCUAAUGGAUGUUGCCAGAAUAACAUCGUGGCAUAUCAGUUUUUCUGUGGCGUAUUUUCCUGCAUGGGUUAUCGUUUCUGUUAUAUGGCACUACCGAAUUUUCAGCGGCACCAGUGUCGGCCUGGUGCUUAUUGUUCACCUUCUAUUGGGAUUAUCGCUUGCCAGUUGGUCCUUCUUCGUCGCGGCUCCUUUUGGCAAGAACCCUCAGCUUGCAGCUGCGGCAUCUACGUUCCUUGGUAUUAUGUUUGCUAUCCUCGCGCUAGUCUUCAACAGAGCCAACACGGGUGCGGCGACUAUUUUUACACUAAUCUUCCCACCCGGAUACUACGUCUUCGCUAUACGUGCCAUAUGUGGCUGGGAAAACCACCAGAUUCCAACCGACAUCCUUAAGCCAGAUCCAGAUAGCGAUCUGAUUUUGUUGCCCUUGAUCAUUGCCGCGAUUAGUCGUCCUCAGACUUUUGGUCAUGCCAGUCGCAGGCAGAAAAGGGCUCACUUGCCACCACAUCCCGAUGGAGUAGCGAUUUCUAUUAGGAACUUGGGUAAGACAUUUUCCCCUUCCAUGUUCCACAGAGAGAAGCGACCAGUCGCGGCCAUCGUAGACUUGUCCCUCGAUAUUCCUAAGUCCGGUAUCUUUGUUCUGCUGGGAUCAAACGGGGGGAUGUAUAGUGCCGGGAAGUCAACAGCAUUAUCAAUUAUUGGAAAUCUCCUGGGGCGCAGCACUGGAAAUAUCACUUUUGAGGGGGGUGUCUCUCGUCCUCCUCGCGGAACUCUCGGCAUUGUGCCUCAGCAAAAUAUGAAGAUUUCGAGCAGCUACUGCGCGACUGCGAUCUCGGAGAAAAAAAUACAUUCCAAUGCCAGCACGCUUUCGGGUGGUCAGAAGCGCAAGUUGCAGCUUGCUAUUGGACUUAUUGGAGGCUCCAAGAUCGUCCUUGUGGAUGAGUGUACAUCUGGCGUCGAUCAGUUAUCCCGCCGGGCGUUGUGGAGGAUUUUGACAUCUAUUCGCCAUGACCGAACUAUUGUGUUCACCACUCAUUUCUUGGAUGAAGCCGACCUCUUGGCCGAUAACAUAGCCAUCUUGGCCGCGCCAGGCAAGCUGGUUGCUGAGGGCACCCCUGUCGCUCUCAAGUCCAACCUCGGGCAGGGAUACAGCAUUCAAGACUUUCCGAAAGCCCCGUCGGAGACUUUGGAUCAUAUUCGCCAAGUGUGCCCCCGGUGCUCCAUGUCACUCUCAGCGCAGAAUCAAGCGUCAUACCACUUGAAGUCGAAGGAUUCCGUGGUUGUGGAGAAGGUCCUCCAGCUGUUGGAUAAGGAGCGCAAAACUCUCUGCAUCGUAUCCUACGAUGUGUUGGGGACGUCUAUUGAGGAUAUCUUCCUAGACCUCAUGGCCCGUCAAACUCGUAGUGCUUCUCCCGAUGGCACUGAGCAAUCCAUUUCAAGUUCAGGUGGUAUUUCUAAGCCUAUCCUGGCCGACUUGACCGACGGCCCAUCAGCUAAAGCUAAAGCUCUCGAACUUGCCUAUGGGCGCCUUCGUUCUCCUCUCAGUCAGGCUUUGACGAUUGUUCAUAAGCGUGCAUUGAUCACCCGCAGAAGUUGGUUGACAACUUUGUUGGCCAUGCUCAUCACAAUUUGCGGUUCAUGUAUCCCGCUAGUCUUUCUGUCUGGCGAGGGAGCAACAUGUACCCUGAAGUUCAAUAACGAGACCAUCAUUCCUUUGUACCUUCCAGACUCGCCUAUCUAUCUUCUGGCAUCUGGACCCGGUACCCAAAUAUUAACGUCGCCCCCCAACAUCACUGCGACUCUUGGAAAGACUGCCAUGUUACUGCAUACGGAGAACAUCUCUAACAAUGCAACCUUCGUCUCCAUGAUCCAACAGAACUACCUAAACUUAUCUUUUGGCGGGAUAUCGAUAGAUAUGCAGACGGGUGAUUCGUUAUUUGCGUGGGAGGCAACCCCGCCUGGUUUGACUGGUCUCACAAUGAUGAAUCUGGCGACAAAUAUACUCUACAAUCGGGCGUUGAACGCGUCUGGGAACGCUGCGAGCACACCAAGCCUCAUUUUCGCAAACUAUGCUAGUUUCCCACAACUUCCUGCAAUGACUCUGGCUCGUCUCAAGUGGGUUGCGUUCUUCGGAGCCACUAUGGCUGUCUUCCCUGCAUUUUUCUCCCUCUAUGUCUCCAGAGAGCGAAGAUCAGGCGUGCAAGCCAUGCAGCUGUCGAACGGUCUUUCAGAUCCCAUCGGGCUUUGGAUUGGCCAUCUCCUGUGGGACUCGAUAUUCUCAGUGACACUUGCUACGAUCAUCAUCAUCAUCUUCGCAGUCACCACGAAUCAAUUCCACGGCCUCGGUUUCUUUUGGGUCGUCCUUGUUUUGUAUGGCAUCGUUGGCGCUCUAUUUGCAUACUGCGUAUCGUUGUUUAUGUCGUCACCAUUGUCCUCUUUUGCAGCAGUGGCAGGAUACCAGAUCGCCAUGUAUAGCUCCAGUACCAUCAUCACGAUUAUCCACUUCACGCUUUCAGUAUUAUCACCGGUGGCUAGUGUUAUGCGUUCGGCCUUCGUAUCAGUGAACCUCUUCUCGUUGCUUUGCGACGGCACGACUCCCGUAACAACGGCAUUGCUUAGUAGCAUCAUGGUAUAUGGAGGUCCCAUCCUCUAUCUCUUCGUUUAUGGCUUUCUCUUGUUCGGUAUUCUCGUAUGGGUCGAUUCUGGGUCAAUCAUCCCUCGUCGGUUCCUCGAUACUAAGGGACGGCAAAUACGAAUGGGGGAACUGCAGGCGAGCUUUGAGACCAACAGACAAGAUGUCGCUACUGAAGCGCAUGUAGUGGCACACUCCAGUGACGCGCUCCGUCUUCUUCAUCUCACCAAGACAUUUGAUGGCAAAAAGGUUGUCGAUGACGUGUCUUACGGGGUGUCUCGGGACACCAUUUUUGCCAUGCUUGGGCCUAACGGGGCUGGCAAAUCUACGACGUUCAAUAUGAUUCGUGGCGACGUAGUUCCGGAUAUGGGAGAUGUGUUAAUCGAGGGGACAUCAAUGUUGACUUCUCCGAGAACUGCACGACUAUCUUUGGGAGUCUGCCCACAGUUUACUGCAAUUGACUCUCAGCUGACUGUCCGGGAACACCUUUUGAUCUAUGGAUGUCUGAAAGGCCUCAACAGGGGCCAUGAAUUGGACACGAAUGUCGAGGCACUCAUGGCUGCUACAACAUUGCAUGUGUAUGCUGACCGACUGGCAACUCAACUGUCUGGCGGGAAUCAGCGCAAACUCUCCCUUGCCAUCGCCCUCAUCGGCAAUCCCUCCGUUGUCCUCGUCGAUGAGUUCUCUACGGGAAUUGAUGCAAAGACGAAGAGGGACAUGUGGGGCACUCUCAGAAACGUCGCUGUCGGUAAAGCAGUUGUUAUCACAACACAUUCCAUGGAAGAAGCUUCAGCUCUAGCAAACAAGGUUGGCAUCAUCUCUAAACAGCUGCUGGCUGUCGGUACAAUUGAUAACCUGGCCUCACGUUACGCCACGUACCAAGUGCACUUCUCCUGUCCGACACGAGAAGACGUGACCAGAGCUCAGGUCCUCAUGAGUCGUAUUCCUGGCUCCCGUCUAGCCGACGAUGUUGCUACGCGCUUCGAAGUUCCUAUACAAGAAGGUAAUGGGCUCACCCUAGCACAAUUGUUCCAUUUUCUCUCGUCUCAGGGCGAUUUCCAAGAGUACAGCGUGGAAAAGGCGACACUAGAGAGCGUGUUCCUUAAGGUUGUUAGAGGAAACAAUGUCUUGGAGGAAGAUAAUUCCUCUAGAACAUGA